ACACGCGGAGAGCCCGACAGAAAGAGAGAGAGAGACUGCGUCCGCUCCUGACGCUGCGCUUCACUCAGACGGAUUUAACUCAAACCAGGAAUUGAUUCCGACACAGAAGGACUUUAAAUUCUACCUGACAACACCUGCUUCAUUUUUUUCUACGCGUUGGAAGGGAAUUUGCUGUAAUUUUGUUGGGGUUUUUCUAAUAAGAAAGAAAAUAUGCCUGCCGAUAUGAUGGAAAAAUCCUCAUCCUCUCCGGUCGCUGCUACACCGGCGAGCAUGAACACAACUCCAGACAAACCCAAGACAGCAUCUGAACACAGAAAGUCAUCCAAGCCGAUCAUGGAGAAAAGGAGAAGAGCCAGAAUAAACGAAAGCUUGGGUCAGCUGAAGACUCUCAUUCUGGAUGCGCUCAAAAAGGAUAGCUCCAGACACUCCAAACUGGAGAAAGCAGACAUCCUGGAGAUGACAGUGAAGCACCUCCGGAACUUACAGAGAGCUCAGAUGACCGCUGCUCUGAACACUGACCCCACCGUCUUAGGAAAAUACCGCGCAGGUUUCAGUGAAUGCAUGAAUGAAGUCACCCGAUUCCUGUCCACCUGCGAGGGCGUAAACACAGAAGUCAGAACGCGGCUCCUGGGACACCUGGCCAGCUGCAUGACGCAGAUCAACGCCAUGAACUACCCCAGCCAGCAUCAGCACCAACACCAGCUCCCUUCAGCGGGAGGCUCAACGCACCCCUCGUUUGGUCAGUCCAUGGUGCCGAUCCCCAGCUCCUCCCCGCAGGUGCUCCCCAUGAACCCUGCGUCCUGCAAAGGGGGCUCCCCGCCGACCAGCUUACCAUCAGACGCCACCAAAGUGUACGGCGGCUUCCAGAUCGUGCCAGCCACAGACGGACAGUUCGCUUUCCUCAUACCUAACGCGGCAUUUGCGCCAAACGGCCCCGUCAUCCCUGUGUACGCAAACAACGUGAGCACGCCAGUGCCUGUUCCAGCCGCGGUGUCCCCUGGAGCCCCCUCAGCCAACACAGACUCAGUGUGGCGACCGUGGUGAAAAGACCUACCCGGAAUAAAGACUCUGACUUUACACUUAUUAGUUAACAUUUUUUUUGGUCAAUAGAAAGUUGUUUCGAACCUGCUUUUAUUUUCUUGUAAAAUUGAAAGAGUAUGCACUAUAUUUGUACAGCUAACAAGGGAGUAAAGUUCAUAUUGAAAUGAGAUUGGUAUUGUGGAAGUCCGUUCACUGCAUUUUUUUUUUAAAUAUUUGAGUUGUCUUUUUUUUUUUUUUUUUU